CCCUGCCCUCGGAACCCCAACUCGCCCUGCCAAACUCCCCCGCACCCACUCUCCGCUGGCCAUUAUUUUGCACCUGCUUCCGCCCUGCCGUCAGAACUCGCCGAGUCCAUAGCACCCUUCACCUAUAACCCAUGUUACAGACACGCACAGAACCCGAGAACUGAGAUUUUCAGCCAUGUCAAUCUCAUCGUCAGCAGCUUCCCCAUCUGUCAAGGCGGCAGAAAAGGAGCUCGCUCAGUCUCAAGACGUGCUCGCGAGCGGCGGAAAUAGCCAGCAGAAUGCCAUUCCCAUCGCAACCUCUUCUGCGCCGCGAAACCGAAAACGCACGUGGGCCCUUGUCGGACUCGCAGCCCUGGCGGCCAUCAUCGUCGUGCCCGUCGUCGUCUCGCGCAAGGGCCGCCACUCCUCUCCGUCCGAUUCCAAUUCCAACGCAGCGGGCGCGUCCGUUGCCAAAGACGGUGCCAUCGGCUUUGAGGGAUCCACCGUCACCAUGGAGAACGGCACGACAUUCACUUACCGCAAUCCCUUUGGCGGGCACUGGACCGCCGGCGAGCUGGACAACACGGCGCGUGCGCAAAACUGGACCAAGAGUCUCGCGGAGGAAUGGGACUACGUGCAGGAUCGCAUCUAUGGCGUCAAUCUCGGCGGUUGGCUCGUCCUCGAGCCUUUCAUCUCCCCAGAGAUGUUUGAGCCGUACGUCAACCGCCAGAACAUCAGCGCGACGACCGUGAUCGACGAAUAUUCGUUGGCCAAGCAGUACCUCUCCGAGCCUGGCGGGCAAGACAACCUGCGCGCAAAGAUGACCGCGCACUACGACACAUUUGUCACCGAAAAGGACUUUGCGGACAUUGCUGCUGCUGGCCUCGCCUGGGUUCGCCUGCCGAUCCCUUUUUGGGCGUUCGAGACGUACCCGGAGCAGGACGAGCCAUACCUGCAAGGCGUCGCCUGGACGUACGUCCUUAAGGCCAUCCGCUGGGCGCGCAAGUACGGCAUACGCCUCAAUAUCGACAUUCACACCGCGCCCGGAUCGCAGAACGGGCUGAACCACUCUGGAAAGCAGGGCAGCAUCAACUGGUUGCAGGGCCCGCAGGGCCUGGUUAAUGCGCAGCGCAUGCUCAACUACAUCCGCCAGGUGACUGAGUUCAUCUCCACACCUGAGAUCGCACCCGUCGUUCCCAUGCUGAGCGUUCUCAACGAGCCAAAGUUGAGCUCGGCCAUUGGCCAGGAGCCCGCGUUCGGCUUCUUCCAAGAGGUCUACACCAUGAUGCGCAAUAUCUCAGGCACCGGCAAGGGCAAUGGACCUUACAUUGUGCUACACAACGGCUUCCUUGAUUCCAGCAAGUGGCAAGGAUUCUUGCAGGGAAGCGAUCGAAUGGCCCUUGACAAGCACACAUACCUUGCAUUCAGCCCGCAAUACUUUAGCACUGACUACAAUGUUGUCAUCCCGGAGGCUUGCAACUACUAUGCACCCAGCAUCGACCAGAGUCGCGUCGACUUUGGCGUCAGCAUCGCCGGCGAGUGGUCGAAUGCUAUCUUUGAUUGUGGCUACUUUCUGCGCGGCGUCAACGUCGGCAACCUUUACGAAGGCACGUAUUCUUCAUACGAGAGGCCUGGCAAAGUCUAUGGCAACUGCAGCGACUGGCAGAACUACCCUGCGUGGAACACGUCCACCGUUGCACUCUUCAAGGGCUUGGCGACCGCCUCAAUGGACGCCAACAAAGACUGGUUCUUCUGGAACUGGAAGAUUGGAAACGACCCCAACAUGGGUCUUGUCGGCAGCCCGCUCUGGUCAUAUCGGCUCGGUUUAGAGCUCGGCAUCAUCCCCGCGGACCCUCGCAGCGCGCAGGGAGCCUGCGCGAGCCAGAUCGCCCGCAUACCUGGCGCGAGCUUGAGCGCAACCACCUCGUGGUCCAGUAGCUUCUCCGACUGGCAGACUGGCGGCGCGGCGGCGUACGCACCCAACACACAGCGAUACGCCUGGCCGCCCGUGUCGCUGUCGUCGGUCAACGCGGCCGCCAUGUCCGCGCUGCCGUCGCUGACGCAGACCGGCGCGACGAUCAAGCUUCCCGCGCCGACGUUUGCGGCAGCCAAUGCCAGCGCGUUCAAUUCCGCCGGCGGCUGGGCGGCCACGGCGCACGACUUGACGCCGUUCUACGCGACGGUCAGCGGCUGCCAGUACGCGACGGACGUGUACGACCUCACGGCCGUUCCUGGUCAAUGGCCGUGCGGAACCACUGUACCCACUUCGUCUGGCUUCUCAAGGCGCGCGGCGCCAGUGGCGGCGCGAGGGGCCAAGGCUACGCCUGCUGCCAAGGCAUGAGCUCGAGCUUUUCCGGAUAGAUUCUCACACCCUUUGCUUAACGUCGUUUCCAAUGUCACCAGAUAGCGAUAUCAAGCACAGGCGCAAGGACAUUUAUAUGCACAAUUUUACUCCUGUAUACGCAUGCACAAGGGGAUUUAGAGCAUUCGAGCAUUGGCGCCCCUCCAUGGUUAGGCCUCCAGGUGGUACUUUCCGUCGCGAGGCGGCACCCAACGCCUUUGUGCACCCCGCGAUACCAAUCAAAAAGGACGAACCGGACACCGGAAACGCAUGCUGCACGGCAGGCACAAAUUCGCGGUCAACAGCAGUAGAGCUCUUCGUACGACCCGAAUUCACCGCUCAGACCUCCAUUUCAACGUGCCUCAGCGUGCAGUCGCGGCCAUCGAGUGUGCAUUUUCCGCAUCGCCAGCGUCGUCUCGAUGGCGUUGAUGGAGACUGGGCACUUGGAUGCUGUAAAGAGACUCUCUGAACAAACUCUCGGCUCGUUCU